AUGUACACAGCUUCAUUCGCCUUCUUUGAGGCGCUCUGGUCCGCCGGAGUGACACACUGCUUCGUCAAUCUCGGAUCGGACCAUCCUUCUAUCAUCGAGGCAAUCGUCAAAGGUCAGAAUGAAAAGCAAGGCCAAUUCCCGAAGAUCAUUACCUGCCCGAAUGAAAUGGUCGCUACCUCAAUGGCAGAUGGCUAUGCCCGUUUGACCGGCAAGCCUCAAUGUGUCAUUGUACAUGUUGAUGUUGGAACCCAGGCUCUCGGACAAGCGAUACACAAUGCUUCAUGUGGACGAGCUCCAGUGUUGAUUUUUGCGGGGUUAAGUCCGUAUACGAUCGAGGGAGAGUAUCGAGGCAGUCGGACGGAAUAUAUUCACUGGAUUCAAGAUGUUCCUGAUCAGAAGGCUAUCGUCUCGCAGUAUUGUCGUUACUCGGGAGAAGUCAAACGGGGAAAGAACGUGAAGCAGUUGGUCAAUCGGGCACUCUCGUUUGCGAUGAGUGAGCCACGAGGUCCCGUAUAUCUGUGCGGUGCUCGUGAAGCUAUGGAGGAAGAAAUUGAGCCAUACGAGAUUGAGCAAGCCUUUUGGAACCCGGUCGAACUAGGAGGACUGAGGGUCGAGCAGGCAAAGCUGAUCGCUGAAGCUCUUGUGAAUGCAGAGCAACCGCUUGUCAUUACUGGAUACAGUGGCAGGAACCACGCCUCAGUCACCGCUCUCGUUGACUUGGCAAAUACGGUCAAAGGUCUUCGUGUCCUUGACACAGGAGGCAGCGAUCUGAACUUCCCAGCAGACCAUCCCGGUUGGCUUGGUCUACGCUAUGGAGUCGAGGAUAGUAUCAAGACCGCCGAUGUCAUCCUCGUGAUUGACUGCGAUGUGCCUUGGAUCAACACACUUUGUCAUCCCAAGAAGGAAGCGAAGAUUUAUCACAUCGAUGUCGAUCCGCUCAAACAGCAGAUGCCAGUCUACUAUAUUAACGCUCUUGCAAGAUACAAGGCAGACUCCGAAACGGCUCUUACGCAGAUAACAAACCACAUCAAGGCCAACAUGCAAGACACCAUCUCCUCUCAGACUUUCGAAGACCGCUGGACAGCUCUACAGAAAUCUUACCAAGAGCGUCUUCAGACCAUCUCAGGACAGGCUCAAGUGGCUGACGACGGGAGCUUCGGAACCUCAUGGCUGAUAGCGCAAGUACGGAAGACUUUGCCGAAAGAUACCAUCUGGGCUGUUGAAGCGGUGACGAAUGCUGCCUUCGUGAACGACCAGAUUCAACCCACCAUUCCGGGCUCGUGGAUCAACUGUGGCGGAGGUGGCCUUGGAUGGAGCGGUGGUGCAGCUCUGGGGUUGAAACUCGCAGCAGACGACAUUGCAGGAGGGAAGGGCAAAGGAAGAUUCGUAUGUCAGAUUGUUGGCGAUGGCACCUAUCUGUUCUCGGUUCCUGGAUCCGUUUAUUGGAUAGCUGAGAGGUAUGGAAUACCGGUUUUGACCAUCGUGUUGAACAACCAGGGCUGGAACGCACCGAGGAAAAGUCUGCUUCUUGUCCAUCCCGAUGGCGAGGGAUCAAAAGUUGACAACAAGGAGUUGAACAUCUCUUUUGCGCCCACUCCUGAUUACUCUGGGAUUGCUAGGGCUGCGUCAGGUGGCAAGUGCUGGGCUGGAGUUGCAUCCACUGCCCAAGAACUGGACGUGAAGCUGAAGGAGGCAAUGGAAGCUGUGCAGGCCGGCAGAAGUGCUGUACUGGAUGCACAUUUGGAGGGUCCGCAAGGAAAGUUUGGAGGUGGGAAUGCGGUCACUGUUGGAUGA